AUGGAAUGCUGGGACUUGUUUUUAGUGGAAGAAAGAAUAAAGACAUUCAAGAACUGGCCAUUCAGUGAUAAAAAUAAAUGUAAUGUGAAGAAUAUGGCACAGGCUGGAUUUUAUUCGGUAGCUACUGGAGCUGAUGAUGCAGAUGCAGCAAAGUGUUUUCUUUGUGGUAAAGAGCUGGACGGUUGGGAACCUAGUGACGAUCCAUGGGCAGAACACAAAAGUCACGCUGCCAAAUGUGCUUUUGUACAACUUGGGAAGAAUGAAGAUGAUUUAUUGCUUCCAGAGCUUUUAUCAGUCAUCAAACAAUAUAUGAUUAAUGAGACUAAAAGAAUAGCUGAACUCUCUAAAGAGCAAAUUGAUGAGAAAUCUAAGGUUGUCCGAAGAAGAUGCUUAGUAAGGAAAUAA